AUGGGUCCCUUUAGCGACCAGGCCGGGCAGCCCAGCAAGAGACCCCGCACCGAGAGCGCGGGAGGAGCUGAUGAUAUGCGCUCGGCUGAAGCCGACAGCGAGCACGUGGCAGAUGAACCUCACACUGCUCGCGGGCCCCGGCGUCAGCGGACUCGUGCUGCCAUGGCCUGCGCCGUAUGUCGCGCCAGGAAGACAAAGUGUGACGGGCGGCGGCCGUCAUGCGGCUUCUGCCAGCGAACCAGCUCGGCCUGUCAGUACGACACUGUCGUCGAAUACGCUCCAGACUCGGCUUUCGGGCACCAGGAUAUGGGGCCCCAGAUCCUCCAAGCCAUCGAGCAGCUGACUCAACUGGUCAAGACACAGCAAUCGCAGUCUCAGCCAGAGUGGGCCAACUACUAUCGGGGACCUACGCAGUCGUGUAGCUUGGACGAAUUCAGUCCUCUUCCUCUUUCACAGAGUUCAGAUUCCCAUGCGUUGCUCACCAACAGCCGCCUCAGUGGUGGCGCUGGACGGCUCUCUGGACCACCUCCUCCGUCCCAUCUCUUCGCCUCCUCGGAAGGCCUCGACAGCGUGCUCCAAUGGCGCGUGUUUCCCCCCGGGAUCGACAAGAUUCCCGUGGAUAACGGGAUUCCCAUCCCAAUGCCUGAUGAGCUUCCCCCACUGUCGCUCAUGGAGCUUACGAGGCUCCAGAUGAAUUAUCGCCGUGUAGUUCACGACUUCAAUCCCAUGCUCGACCUCGCGACGCUUGAUCGCUAUACUACGCACAUCGCCGAGAAUGGGCUCGACUUUACAACUCGUACCUGCCUCGUUGUUCUCGUAUGUGCCAUCGGUGCUCUGUGUCAGGAGGAGUCUGCCUUCACCAUUCCAAGCCGCCUUCCCGUGCCAGAGCGCAGUGACGAUCUAGAUAUAGCGUAUCGAUUCUGGAGCGUUGCAUCGAGGAGACUCGGGCGUGCCAUGAGCCACAACACGCUCGAGUCUGCUCAAUGUUUAUGCCUGACAGGAAUUUGGUUCAUGUGCAAUCUACAGCCGCUCGACGCAUGGAAACACUUCACCAUGGCAGGCAACUGUUAUUAUUCAGCUAUACUGGCCCGGAAAUCUCUGGUGUCUCCAGACUCUCAGUCUCCUCAACUCUUCCCCCAAGCCAUUGAGCAUAGCAUUUUCUACACCGCGUACAAGUCAGAACUGUAUGUGCGAGUCUUUCACGUUCACCUAACAGCCGGUUGUAACGACUUAAGAUCUAACAAGGUGGCCGCGGGGCCUCGUCGUGCUAGGGAGAUUCGCUAUGAAUUGGCAAUACCCGGCUCUGUCUUGGAACAUCUCGAGGAGGAGCUUGUCUUCCCUUCGCCGCCAAUGCUGAGCGAGACGCAACUCGAAGGCCCGAACGAUGAGGCCAUCACCUGGUAUUACUAUCUUACUGACAUAGCCGCCCGACAUCUUAUCAAUCGGAUCAUCAAUACGGGCUUCAAGAUAGGAGGUUGUCCCACCGAGGCUCAAGCCCGGUCAUUGCUCCGAGACUAUAAGAUAUUCGGCUCGCAACUUGAGGAUUGGUAUGAGUCCCUUCCUCAGGUGAUUUCGUUCGAGCUGCCCAAGUAUACGGUUGCGCCUGAGCCGAACUCAUUUAAGUACAUCAUCCGGGCGCGGUAUUUGUUCAUCCGGGUGCUCCUGUGUCGACCAUUUCUGCGCAUCUGCCUGAAUUAUCCGUUGCAUCUUCCCGAAGAACUCAUCGCAGAGAUAUCUUCAAUCGCAUCACUUGGGCUCCAAUACUGUGCGUUGAGACUGCAAUCUGCGAUAAAACUGACGAGGCUUGAUCAUGGCAUGUGGUCGGGGAUUCGAAGUAAUACCGCAAACGCGUUGAUCUUGGUUGGGGCCGCUCGAAGCAAUCGCUUCCCAUCACUAAAUGGAGCUUUGCGUCUGUUGAUGCCGGAAGACUGGCGUAGCUCCGUGCAAAUGUACUUGGACACCAUAGAACCAGUUUCGGAGGAAACGAGAGGAGGUAUGACAGAUUGCUAUAAACUCAUUCGCUUGGCUCUUGAGGAUUUCGGGCAGACGGUGGAAUAG